GACUGGGAGCGGGCAGUGGACGAGCGCGCGCUCCAGCGCGGCGCCGCGCCCCGCCUGGCCUUCUGUGACGCGGCGCACGGCAGCCCACCGCUGCCGGAGGGGCGGCCGCUGCUGCCGCUGGCGCUGCUGCAGGCCACCGCCGGUGCCGCCGGCGGGGCGGUGGAGCUGCAGCAGGCGGUCGGCGCGGCCUCCGUCCCCGCGGAGGACUGGGUCGACCUCGGCUCCACCUGGACGGCCAGGGACACCCCCACGGAGUUCGCGGGCGCGGGCUGCGCGGGUCCCGCGCAGUGGGCGGGCGCCGCGCCGCAGGCGGACGACGGGGGCGUCGUGGUCAGCGCCGCAGGCCCGCAGGAGACCAAUUGCACCUCGUUG